CCCCUUUUUCUCUUCCAUUUCCUCCGAAACCCUAAUUUAAAAUUCUUCCAAAUUGGAACGACAAAUCGAUACUUGAAGAAAAAUUCUUACCUGGGUUUUGAUUCUCUUGAGUUCUUGAAUUUGGGUUUUUCUUUUACAAGCUUUUUAAUAUGUCUAUCUCUGUUGCGGUUUCCAAUUCCCCGGGAUUUUCCCCUUCAUCCUCCAUGUUCUGCAACAAGACCUCGAUCAUUUCUCCGGCGCCGGAGGCGUUGACGCUCACUUUAGCUCAUUUGAAGUCAUCGCAGGCUUCUUCCUCUUGCUCUUCAUCUCCUUCUUCUCCUUCUUCCCCUUUCCGCAUUCGGUUUCCGAAGCCCCCUUCUGGGCUUUCGGCAGCGGCGGCAGCGGUGGCGCUCGCUUCAACUUCUUCUCCUUCGUCAUCGUCGUCGAGCGCGAUCUUGAAAAGGAAGAGACCCGCUAGGUUGGAUAUUCCGUUGACACCUUUGAGUUUUGGCGCUCCGGUGAUGCCUUCGCCAUCGUCGUUUAGGGAGGUGGUGGAAGCCGAGAGAGAUGGGUAUUCUGUGUAUUGUAAGAGAGGUAGGAGGAGAAUUGCUAUGGAAGAUCGGUAUUCUGCUGCUGUUGAUAUUAAUGGAAAUUCUAAAGAGGCGUUUUUUGGUGUAUUUGAUGGACAUGGAGGUGUAAAGGCAGCUGAAUUUGCAGCAAAUAACUUAGAGAAGAAUGUUUUGAAUGAAAUUGAGAGAAUGGGUGAUAAUGAAACUGAUUUUGAACAAGCUAUUAAACAUGGCUACCUCACCACAGAUUCUGAUUUCCUCAAGGAGGAUCAACGUGGUGGUUCUUGUUGUGUAACGGCCCUUAUCAAGAAAGGCAACCUUGUUAUUUCCAACGCCGGUGAUUGUCGUGCCGUUCUCAGCAGCCAAGGUGUUGCCGAGGCCAUCACUUCCGACCACCGCCCAUCCCGGGAAGACGAAAGGCACAGGAUCGAGUCCACGGGUGGAUAUGUUGAUUUGUGCAAUGGAAUUUGGAGAGUCCAGGGAUCUCUGGCUGUAACAAGAGGAAUUGGGGAUGCUCACCUCAAACAAUGGGUGAUAGCCGAACCGGAGACAAGGGCAAUUCGUAUCGAGCCACGACACGAGUUCUUGAUCUUGGCCUCAGACGGAUUAUGGGAAACGGUGAGCAAUCAAGAAGCAGUUGAUAUUGCACAUCCGUUGUGUGUAGGAAUGGAGAAGGCAGAGCCAUUAAUGGCUUGUAAAAAGCUUGUGGAGCUUUCACUUUCAAGAGGUUCAGUUGAUGACAUUAGUGUAGUACUAAUUCAAUUGGCUAACUUCAUCUAAUUUGGUAUUAGUUUUAGUGUAAUAUUUAUAGUAGAGAGGAUGAUAAUGAUUUGAUGAUGACGACGCUGCUGCUGCUGCUGCUGCUGCCUGAAAAUUUGAACUAACCCCAUAAUUUUAAUGAGAAUAGGGGGCUGAUGGGAGGGGAAAAUUUUGUCUCUCUGAUUAGCCUUUCAAAUCUAAUUAGGGUUUUGUGAAUGUAAUUUGACUGAUCAUAUUCUUUUGUAUUUAUGACUCCAAUUUUUAAUAAUAUCCAUAUUUAUUAUGAUUCCUUCA